UCUCGGCCUCGCUCCUCCUUUUCCGGCGAUUUUGUUAGCCGACGAGAGGCGAGCGAAUCCAGUAGGCGGCGAUGGCGACGACGGCCGCGGCGCACGGCUGCUGCUCGGCAGCGCUGCCGCCCCUCGCGGCGUUCACGGCGAGCUUAUGCGGGCACCGGGCGGCUCCUCCUCCGCGCGUCUCCCUCGUCGCCUCCUCGAAGCUCAGGGCGACGGCACCCGGGUUAAGGGUUUCCUGUCCUCGUAGGAGGCUGGUCGUAGCUGCUUGCUCCGGCGAGGUCAGUUCGGACGUGGCGGCGUCGCCGGCGGAAGUCACUGUUGACAUAAAGCUUCCAAGAAGAAGCUUGCUUGUUCAAUUUACAUGUAAUGCAUGUGGUGAAAGGACCAAACGCUUGAUAAACAGAGUAGCCUAUGAAAGAGGAACAAUUUUUCUUCAGUGUUCAGGGUGCCAGGUGUACCACAAGUUUGUUGAUAAUCUUGGUCUAGUUGUUGAGUACGACCUACGAGAAGAAAAUGGGGUACAAGAAGAAAAUGUGGUGAACACCGAUUCUGAAGUUUGAUCUGUAUGAGAAGCUAUGUCGGUAUGCAAAAUGUCCUGUAGUACAGGUUUCGCAACAUUGAUUAUUUGGGUACUGUAGACUAUUUAUAUAAAAUGUACCUUGAAAUUGCUGCAUAUA